AUGGUCUCCAGCCUUCAACUUUCCACCUCUGGCGAGGACACCUCCAAGACUUCCACUACCCUUCCCUCUUUUGGGGAUCUCAUGAAGUCCCUCCAGAGCCCCGAAGAGCAGCACGGACUCCAAAACCCAUCUCACGCUCCUCACUCCCAUGCCCACGCACACCGCCGAGAGCCUUACCCUACACACGGGCACCACCAUCACGAUAUUCCCCCUCGAUCCCCUUCUACACCCCCCGACGCCUCGAGGUCCUUCUCUCAACAGCAAGGCCCCUCGCCCGUCUCCCACCAUAUCUCCCAUCCCCAUAUCCCCCGCGGACGUCCUCGAUCCAAUACCGCUCCGCCUGUCUCCAAUACACACCUCUCGUCGCCGUUCUCGCACCACCGACAUCUGGCGAAUACAGAGCACUGCGCUGAUAGGGUGAGGGCGUUGAAAGACGGGGAUGGAGAGUGGUCUAUCUUUGAUUCAGUGGCGCCGUCGGUAUUGCCAUACCACGCCCGCCCUCAUCUGCACAGCCGUGCUUCCACACCCCACUCUUCCUCGCCCUCCCCUUCCUGCGAGACUUUCUCCCACAUGUAUGCUCACCACUCAAACGCCGCCUCGCCCCCACCAUGCGCCAUGUACCGUCCCUACCACAGCCGCACCCCCUCUCUCUCGUCCCAGUCAUACACCUCUCACUCUUCGCCCCUAUCCAAUGGCGCACCACUUACGCCGAAGAGUAUACAGAGCGUCUACGAUGAUGUAGAGCUGAGGGGGAGUUGCACGAGGACCCCGACGCCUACGUAUGGGCUUGGGAUUGGGAGCGAGAAGCUGGGAGGUGAGAAGGAGGCCCGGGAAGUCAAGAUCCCGCAGCUGCCUAAGAUGCGAUGA